AGUAUUAGAUUUUAUUAUCUAAGCAGUUAAGUAUAUUCAAUAUUUAAGCGUUAAAAUUUAAAUGAUUUCCUUCAUUUUUAAUCAGAGCUCUUUUCUUCAAGUAGAUUAAUAUAGUCUAAAAAUGGCCCCAAAUAUCGAGACUUAUUACUGUAGAUUCCUAAUUAAAUGGGAGGAAUUAAUAUCGCGAGAAGCACCCUUCGCGGAUUUGAAAAUCUCACCAUUAUUUUCUGAGAGUUGAAAACCAUAAGAAAUAGAGAAAACAAUUUCUUGUUUGCAAUUUUAUAUUCCCGCGAUUUGAAAUUAAGUAUUCGCGUAAUAUAAGGAAUUUACAGUAAUUGAAUGGUGGGCAUCGGUAACCAUAAGGACCUCAAGAUAAAAAAGUAAAGGGAGUGACUAGAAGUCGGACUGUGUAGGAUGGACUAAGGACAGUAGAUGAUAAGAAGUCACUCAGAUAAUUAUUUCAACUUUCAUAAUUCCCUGCACUGUAGGUCUCUGAUAAAUGUAACAGGCUCAAGUAUCCAAAAAAGUCUGUUAAAAAAGAGAGGAAGAUUUAAGGACGGAAAUUGAGAACAAUUUGACCCAGAAUUUGAAUUAGAUUAUAUCCCUCAAAAAAACCCUAAUGGUAUGAGAAGUGUGUAUUGUUUUGUUGGCACUUGUAGUACGAUUAAAUCAGUCUACAAGACUGUGUAUCCUGAAUGUCUGAUGCUUACAGCGAAGGAGGCCAUGACUCUUAGAUCAGGCAGAAAGGAAAAGAGACGAGCUCUAUGUUUGAUAGGAUUAACUCCUCAUAAAGACAAAGGAAAAGGAAACACACUUCUUGUUCUAACAUCGCAAAAACCUUGCAAGCUCUUCAGAGGAAUAAGACAGCUUGGUGCUAAUGUUUGUUAGUGAUCACAUUAAUUAAGGGAACCUCUUACUGUUUGUAUUUUAAUGUUACCACAUACAAACACUUUAAUGAACUCGACAGUGGCACCGAAAGACCUAGGUCGGAAGAAUGCGAGAGGCUAAAGCAGGGGGAAAUGUUCUGCGGAGUGAUCUCCCGUUUUGAGGGACGAACACCGUGAUGAAGGACAGAAUCACUGCUAACAUUUCAUUUCUUUAAUGAUGUUGUUUUAAUUCUUUACUUGAAGGUCUUACAUUUAAUCUCCAUUCAUCAGAUCCAGAGACAAGGCAGAUCUAGCAAUCUGGCUGUUCAUUAUUAGGCAUUUUCAUUAAGAUCCCUACCUAGUACAUUUAUCAGUUGUCGGAGAGAUACAAUAAAAAUCAUUUUUGCUGCGGAGUUUUCUGAGGUGGUGUUUUUGCAUGUUUUGUAGGGCUGGUUGAUUAUCUUUGAUGCUGUACCUAUUACAAGUGAAUUGCAGGUUGAAUAUUUGUACUAAGUAGUACCUGCAUUUGAUUACAGAUGACACAGAAUUAUUGAUAUGUUACCAUGCUACUAGGGAAGGCUUGAAUGUGUGUGACUGUUAAAAGCUGAUAAAUAAUCAAUUGUUGCAGGAAUGGUAUACAAAGCUAUAAUUAUCCCAUGGAAUAAAAACAAGUUCACUUUGAUUAGAUAAAUUAUUAGCGCUGGUUUGGAGGCCGUGGAUACAGGACCGCCGGUGCUGUGCUGGGUUACGACACUCCUCACCACUGAUAGCUGACCAGACAGCUGAUAGUGUGGUGGUAGUAGUGUUAGAGGUUCAGGGCCACAGAUAGACCACAGAGCUCAACCUCAAUGUCUUCUACUAGAGCCUCCCAUCAUGCAAUAAAAACUUGGAGAGCAGUGCUCCUCUCUACAUCAUGUAAAUGACUCGGGAACUCCUGCUAUGAAUUUCAAUAAUUGAAUAUGCCAAUUUUCGUUGGUUAAUACGGCAUCACACAAGAGGUUUCUAUUAAGAACUGCUCUCGGAACAAAAAAAUACAAAAGGGAGGGAAAAAGUUUCUGAGGAGUUAUGUAGUGAAUUACACCAAGUGCAUUUUGUGAACACAUGCUAUUGCAGCCGGUUGUACGGAUCGGGGCUGCUGAGGACAGGAGCAUUCUGGGAUAUCACGGAGCGAUGUCGGACUCCGAACAGGAAGGAGGAUGUGUGAAAAAAUCGCGCCUGUCCAGUUACAGUGAUGGGGAAAUCGGCACAAGAAGUAUGAAUGGUCAAGUCCAGAAAUCGGAGCCCGACCCAGACGCCAUUAAAAUGUUCGUCGGUCAAAUCCCGCGCUCCAUGGACGAAAAUGAUCUCCGGAAAAUGUUUGAAGAAUUUGGAGCAGUUUAUCAACUGAAUGUUCUCCGUGACAAAGCCACAGGCCAGAGCAAAGGCUGCUGUUUUGUCACAUUCUACACAAGGAAAGCCGCCUUAGACGCUCAGAAUGCACUGCACAAUAUCAAAACAAUGAGUGGGAUGCAUCACCCCAUACAGAUGAAACCAGCCGACAGUGAGAAAAGGAACGAGGAGAGAAAGUUGUUUGUUGGAAUGAUUUCCAAGAAGUGUUCAGAGAGUGAUGUCAAAAUGAUGUUUGCCCCGUUUGGUUCCAUAGAAGACUGUACGAUAUUAAGGGACCAGAACGGCCAGAGUAGAGGUUGUGCGUUUGUGACGUACGCCAACAGACAGUCGGCAUUGAAUGCCAUAAAGAACAUGCAUCACUCACAGACCAUGGAGGGCUGCUCUUCACCUGUAGUUGUAAAAUUUGCAGACACACAAAAAGAAAAGGAAGCAAAAAAAUUACAACAGAUCAAUCAAAAUCUGUGGAACAUAUCAGCUGGGGGCGUGACAGGCUUCUCACCCCAGUACAUCACUUUGUUACAACAGGCAGCAUUGGCUGGGAACCUGGGACUUCUCAACACAGGAAACAUUGCCUCCUCGACCGGCAGCACUAAUCCCCUAGCCGUUCAGCAGUUACUGUUGGCGGCAGUCAGUGCCGCGGCGGCAGGAAAUAAUUCAGGGCUACUAGCGGCCCUCGCCGCUCUACAAAGCAACAACAGCGGGGGGAAUAUGUCAUCUCCCUGCCAUACGCCAACAAGUGCUAGCAAUUCCAGCGGAUCAGGUGAGCCAGCGUUACCUCUCCAGAAUCUACAGGGACUGGCCGCUCUCUCAUCCACUGGUAGUCCAGGUGGCCUGGGUGCCUUAGGAAUGCAAAGCAUAGCAGCAUUAAAUCAACUCGCAGGAGUGGCAAAUUCCAGCUCUGCGGCUUCAGCUUUUGCUCCAAAGGGAGGACCCCCAGGAUCUGUCACCGGCACUUCCCCCACUAAUUCUUUGAGUGGCCUGGCCAGCCUGCAGACACUGGGUAAUAAUAACUUUACCUCGGUGUCCCCAGGGGUCACCUCUAACGGACUUGGGGGUUCCUCUGCAGCGUCGGGCAUGGACGCCCUCAGUCAAGCGUACUCGGGGAUCCAGCAAUACGCAGCAGGGAGACAUUGUUUUUCAAGCUUUGAGGGGAGGCAUUAUUGUCCUCCGAUCUUAAUGUGGGAUUUCUGGAACUCAUUAGGACGGCUUCCAUCAUCAUUCCCAAAUGCUUUUAACACUCAAGCAGCUCAACAGAUCCAGCAGGCACAGGCCAACUCUCCUGCAGGGAAACAGACAGAAGGGCCGGACGGAGCCAACCUGUUCAUCUACCAUCUCCCCCAGGAAUUCAGUGACCAGGAUCUGAUGCAGACCUUCAUACCGUUCGGUACUGUCAUAUCAGCCAAAGUCUUCAUAGACAAACAGACAAACCUUAGCAAGUGUUUUGGUUUUGUCAGCUAUGACAAUGCGUUGUCAGCCCAAGCUGCCAUUCAGGCAAUGAAUGGAUUCCAGAUCGGAAUGAAGCGACUUAAAGUUCAGCUCAAACGACCAAAGAGUGAUAGCAAGCCUUACUAGCGAGACAGUUCUGUGAUUGACGCGUGAUGUGUCUGACUGUCUCCACGUGGCGUUCUCUUCGUGUUACCUAUUUGUCGCUCGUUGUGUGCCCGGAGCUUUGUGUCGGCAGGAGUUACUUCCCUUGGCCUCAACCACAGGGACCGUUCAUUAUUAUAUUUUUAUUUCCUUUAUUGCGUAUAUGGCCUGGUUUAACCUGUUUGAAACAGGAUGCUAUGAUUUGUCUUAAUUAUUUUUUUUUUUUUUUUGUUGACUCAAAUAGUAAUGUGCUUCAAUUUAAUCAGGAUUGUAUACCAAAGAUGCAUAUGAUAAUUUUUUUCAUUACUAUUAUGAUAUUUACUCAAAAAAGAAAAAAAAUCUGUUAAAUUUGUUUCCAUGACAAUUGUACAUAUUUGGUCUGGGAGAAUAGCCAGCCCUCUAUAUAGUGCUAUAUAUAGAUUAGUGUAGAUAGAUGGUGAGAGUCAGCAGCAUUGUAAAUGCUAGGACAGAUAUGCCUCAUGUAUCCGCAGCAGAUAUAUGCCCCCGCUAGUCAAUGAUGAUACUCCACACAUUGUUACAGACUAACAUCAAAGACCUAGAUAUCACCAGAUAUCACCGCCAAAAUAAAUCAACGCUAUUGUUUAUUGCCUGGGUAUUACACUAACAAAAUGGUGUUGUUUCAAUUUUUUUUCAAAGAAUUUAUGACAUUCUGUUUUUUAUUUUUUUUUUUUAUUAUUAAGCCUUACUUUGAAUGAUGUUAGUUUGUAAUGAUCAGUCAAGAUGCCAACAUGUUGUUGUGUUUCUAAAAUCAUAUUCUCUGAACUACACUAUGUUAAAAUUUUGGUUUGAUUCAGAAUAUAUCUGAGCCUAUGUAACAGGCAAACCUGUGUCCUGUAGAGUUUUUACAAUUUCAGUAUUUCUGUCUGAAGGUCUCCCCUAGUGGUCAUAUUGUUGUAAAAUCAAAAUGUCAACAUUCUAAUGUUGCACUCCACAAGUCCUAAGCAGUUUUCUUAUAAGUCUAUUAGAGAACAUUGGAACAGAAAAUUGAAAUAUUCCACUAGGGGCGACCUGAUUGCGAUAGUGUCAUGUUAGUUUCUUUUCGGCUGAUGACCUUAUUGUAAUAAGGUCACCCUAUUUGUACUAGAGUAGCUCCCGUGGGAGCCUGUAUAUACCCCCCUCACUCAGGGCUUAGUCGGAGGAGACGGUGCGUAGUAGACUAGAGUCCCUGUGGUUGGGGCAUCACACAUGUAUGUAGCUUAUUCAUUUUUACGAGAAACAGAUUUUUAUGGUGAGGUUUAUAUCAAAGAAGACAGCUAUAUUUUUUCCUUACUUUGUGGUCAGUGUUUUUGCAGUGUUUUAAGUUUUGUUUCCAGACAAUGUUAUUGUUACGGUUUUGUUUGUGAAGGUUAAAUAAUCAAAAGUGUUUAGGAUCUUGUUAUUAUUGCUAUAUAUAUCUUGUUUGUUUUAAUGGUUGCACACUGUUUUACUGUGUAAGGGGCACCUGCUUGCCCUUUGUUGUACGGGGUCUAAGCGGCCCCUUUCUUUGGUUGGGUUGUAAUGUUUCAGUGUCUGUAUUCAGAACUCACAGGUUUUUCUUUGUUUGAUGUUAACACACUUUGAUUAACUUACAGACAGUGCUGUUACAAACAAAAAUAUUUUUUUUCUUUUUUUUUAAAUUUUAUUUUAUUUUGAUUUAUUGAUAUAAAUUAGAAAUUUAUUUAAAACAAACUCUUGUGAGAGCUAGAGGCUUACUGUAUGCUGUUUGUAGUUUCAGCAAUAAUUCAUGUUAAGUAUGUGCCUUACUGCAAAUGUAAUAGGAGACUUGUCUUAGAUGUCAAACUUAUACAUAUUAUAUAUAUUUUUUGGUUUAUUUUGUCAAAGAAAUACACACUAAAGGUGUUUCCAUGGAAACUGGAACUCAUCGUGUAUCAUUUCAACGAGGUCAACAAAGCGUGGCCACCUGGAGACCAGUUUAUCAGGGUACCAGUCUUAGAGAAAACGAUAGUAGCGUGGGUUUGACCUGGUAGGUAGGUCCUGUCACAGGACUGUUGUUACAUCACAGUACACAGGUAAAUACACAGGUACUUCCAGGUGGCCGCUGCCUCGCUAAAGCUCAGGUAUGCAUGUACUACUGUGUGUGACAACUUCUGUAAUCUGUUCAUGUUUAACUAGUCAAAUGCUACUAAAACUUCAUCAGACAAUAAACUCCAAAUCAAUACACACCUGUAGUUAGGGUCGACAAAUCUAGGAUAUUACCUCUCAUUGCGAAUCACCCCAAUACAUUGUAGUUUUAAUUUGUAUCCCAUUUAUAUCGCGUUAAGUACGGUGAAGAUUUUUAUUGCUCAAAUUUGAGGGUUUUUAGGUUUUAGUUAUCUUGUUUUUAUGGCGUUUUAAAUUACGAAGUAUGUUAUACAUAUCAAAGGAUUUUAACUUGCCUUUUAAAGAUAUUAUUUUAAAACAAAUCUCAUUUAAUUAACAUUGCUCACAUGUAUAAAACCAAAAUGAUGACUUUAUUGCCAAAGAGUGUGCAGUAGUUAUACAGCUUCUCCAUGACUAUUAAACACUAUUGUACUGCAUUCACAAGUCUAACAGUUUACUCCGAUCUCAUCGUGUGGCCAUUGCAUUACCAAAACUUUGCCAUGAUCGGUUCAAAGGGUGUUACCCGGGCCGGAAGUCAGUAUUACACAUCAAAAUCUCAAAAAGCAAUGUUCAGUUGAUGAAAAAGACACACAAAGUUACGUAUUAUCAUUUCAGUUAAUCAAAAAUUAAACAUAAGAAAUGAAGUUUUUAUUGUAGAAAUUUAUUUUUUAUUUCACUGCAAGGAAAAAAUUGUACUCAUUGUCUGUCAUGUGACCGUAACAUCAGUCACGUGACUAUCACGUGACCUUGUGUUAGUGUUGUGAUUUGGCUGUGUACAUUAUGAUAUGCCAAUAAACAGUUAAUAAUGACAA